AUGGCCCCCUUCAAUCGUCCCGCUAUGGCUCCACCACUUAGGUCCACGAAUGAGAACGACCCCAUCGACCUGACAAGUGACGGCGAAGACACUUCUUACCUGCCACUCGCUCGCAAUCCUAUCAACUUUCUGCCGUCCUCCCCCUCCAGCGCGCCGAUUCCAACCUCUUUCGAUGGGCUCCCCAACCCAGAUGUAUUUGUUAGGAAAUCGAGACCACAGGACAUGAAUGGGCAUUCCGGUACGCAGCGUCCGCCGCCACAGAACAGAUCUUCCUCGCGCAGAAAUUACCAGAUUGUGCCGUCGCGCGGAAAUGAGAAAGAGCGUGGUUCGCAAUCUCACAACGCAGUCUCUGCAUACCCUCCCAACAUCGAGAACGACAGACCGCCCAUAUCCGGGGGUAGCGCUCCAGUUAUGAAUCAGUCGGUGAAGAGGAAGAGACCUGAUACCUCGCCAACUGCGGCAUUCCCCGCUCUUACGAGCCUACAUGCAGCCAGUCUCCCGCCUACGAGCAAGAAACUGGCGAACAGCUCGCGCAAUCCCAUUCCCGCUAGCUCAAAUCUUACGCUGAUCACAGGAGAGACCAGAUCAGUCGCAAGUGGUGCUUAUACGACAUCUUCGCCAAAUCAGCUGGCAAAGGUCGAUUCUCAAGCAUACGCACCUCGAAUGGAGCAUGUAUUGCAGACACAGGUUCUUGCUCAUGUUCAUAGUGCGGUCAAGCCUUUCGAUCGUACUCUCUCUCAUACCCAGCGUACAGAGAUUGGGCAGACGGUGGCAUCGAAACUGGUCUCACAGCCUAGCUUCAUGCAAAAUUACGUUGAAAACGGCAAGAAAAUCUCCCCGGAUUACGAGCGACGUAUCGCGCAGGACGCUCGGAACUUUGUCAGCGAAGAGGUCAAAAAGAUCCUAGAUCGCUUUGAGGCGGAAUCUUCAGGAACAUCGAAAGAGAACUCGCCCGCACCAACAGCUUUCGCAAAGGCCCCCUCCUUCGCUAAUGGAACCAGAGACGGCAUGGAACACGGUUCAGAAAAUCAUCGGUCUCCCUCGGAGGAAAAUAGUAUUCAGCAGCCUUCUCUAAAACUUAGACCCCGUCGGUCCACUUCUCGAAGCACUGGCAAUGGCAAUGCUUUGGCUACGUCAGAAGCUGUCAAGGGCCGUGGAGCUGUGAGCGAUUCCAUGGAUUUGACCUACUCUUCGGCUCGACCAUCUGAUACCAAUUCUCUACCUCCAGGCCAGUACUCGAAGAGAAGGCGUCGCCGAAGAACACAGGUACAAAUUGCUCUCGACAAUUCACUCAGGGAUAGCGAUAAGGGCAAGAACCUGUCCGCAGAUUCUUCAGGACAGUCGACCCCCCAGAGGCAAGAAAAGAGGAGGCGUCGCACCAAGCUCCAGAUGGAAGAAGCUCGCGCUAGCGAGGCGGCGGCUAGAGGUUUUCCUACGUCCAGUUUCCAGCAAGCAACGCCAAACGUUGAACACUUUGGAACAACAAGCCAAGUUUUGGCGAAAGGAAAUUUCGCCCGCGCAGCUGGUACACAGCCCACACUAGCUGCUCCGGUUUAUCGCUGUCCCGCAAAUAGCUACUCGCCAGACGAUUACGAUCUUCGCCCCUAUAUUCCGUACCGUCGCCGCCAAAGGCUCAGAAAGCAGCUGAUGAGACCCAGUGUGUUGAAGCAGCUUUCAAAUGUUGAGCUGGAAUUCAUCCAGGGCCCUAACUUUCACUGUGACUUCUCCGACGGGGAGCUACGCUUGUUGUGCGAUGCAAUCAUCAAGAUACUUCAUAUCCCUUGGUAUGACGUAAGCAAGGGCAUCUCGGGAUUGAUGAAGGCCUAUCACUCCAAUACAUCAAAGAUCUUGAGAGAAUUCGAGAAGUCUGGACGCAAAACCUUUGGUCAUGGUCGCUAUGAGAUCCUCCGCACCCGCAACCCACAGGCCAUUUUUGAUUUUUUGGAAGACACGAGGAAUCGGAACGUUGGUAAGGAGGUCGAUUUUUACAUCGCUUCUGGAAAUAUCUGUAAUGGUCCGACUAGCAUCACGGCGUUGCUCCGAGAACGUGAAUCGCAUGGUAUAACACCUGUCAGAUCUCGUCGCGGACAGAACUCCUCCAAAGUCAUGUUCCAAAACCAUUUCGAAGAUAGCCUUAUUCGCCUGAGCGAAUGGACUGACUGCUCCGGGGAUAUUUCCUCGAUCGCUUGGACUAGCGAGAACGCCUUUAUUGGCGGUGCUCUGGCGCAUUCGGACUCUCAUAAUAUGCAGUACAACAAGCCAGGUAAUCUACUUGUCGGCUCGUUGUUACUGGAUACGAUUCGUUCGUACCCGAAUCACAAAACCGCUCGGCCCUUGGUAGCGCAGCAAGAGAAUGCAGAAAACGCGCUGGCAUCAAUGAGGACCACCCAAUCACCUUGGCUAUACGAUUCCGUUGUGUCGACCGCACACUGUGAGUAUAACGGCUAUAGUUUCACUGCUAGUUUUGACGGAACGGUCAAAGUUUGGUCGGUUGCCCCAGAUGGCUCCUCUAUGACCCUUCGAGGAACAUGGAAGCACGAAGGCAAGGUGAACUUUGUAGUUACUUCACCUCACCAUGACCGUAUUGCAACAGCGUUUGAGACUAAUUGCAAUGCGGUAAGAAUAUACAAUUUCGACCCGCAAGAUAUCUCCAACUCCUCAUACGACGAUUACUGUGGUAAUAAAACAGCAGUACCAGCGGACGAGUUGGGCCGGCGAGAGAAGUGGGCCUACCAUCCUGCCACUAUGCAGUGGGGAAAGUCGCCUGGAGUCGUUCAUAUGCUGCUUGUCGGUUACUCGCCUCGUAGUGACUUUGGAGACGAACAUGAUAUUCCGGAAGAAAAGCGCAACACAGGAGAGUUGUGCAUGUGGAACUCUCUUACAUCCGAAAAGGUUUUAAUCACCUCUGCCAAAACCCAAAAUGUGUUCGAGGUCAUUUGGCACCCAACACAGCCCAUUUUUGUUGCAGCUACCUCCCCGUGUGGAACUUACGACACGGAAAAAACCAGAACGCAGAUCAGACUCUUUGGGCAGAGCGUGACCGGCCAAUUCUCAAACAUGAAGACGUUGGAUUGCCCUGCUCUGGAUAUUAACGAACUCACUAUCAUGCCCAACAGCAAUAUCGAUAGCUUUGUGAGUGCGAGCUGCACGGACGGACUUACCUAUGUAUGGGAUACAAUUCGGGGAGAUCAGCCAAUCCACGUCCUCCAGCAUGGUGAAUCUCUUGACAACCCCGAUCCUGAUCAACCUCGCGAAAUCGGUGACUCUGGCGUAAAAUUUGCCGCUUGGGGCCGAUCGCCUGAUCGCUUCUACACUGGUGGCUCUGACGGCAUGGUGAAGGCCUGGAAUAUCAGAGCUCCUCCAGGUCACGCCUUCGUUCGCAAUGUCCUUUCCGUUUCGGGAGGAAUAUCAACGGGUGUCUUCAACCGCGACUGUUCUAGAUUACUCAUAGGGGAUGCAACUGGAAAGGUUUAUUUCCUCGGCAUCGAUGACGGCGACAUCGCGGAAGAUUUCAAGCCUACGCAACUCGCCUGUCCGAAGCAGCCCGUCGCAUUCGGUAGCCAGCUGCCAGCCGGUAUCAAGCGGCCGAAGGUUAUCAUUCCCCACGCAGAGCCCCCGCCACCGUUGAGCUCCGACCCCAUGGAUCCUGAUCUGUUGGAAGAAGUCAACGAGCCAACUGGCGCUGAGUUGUCGCGAGAAUACCUCGACCGUGGUAUUUUGGAAAAAUACCCCAAUGCAGCUUUUCCAAAUAGCCAGCACGCGGUUUUCCAAGGACCAGCAUACCUUGACAGUGGAUUAUUCAAUUUUGAGUCACACGUCGGUGGGGAUGCUACUCAAGAGCUCGUACCCAUGGUCAUGGAAAAGCAGCAAUUCUUUGUUAAUGAACAGGAGCCGCCGAGAGCCUUGCCUUGCCUUCGAAUUCCACAAACUCCUUCGGACCACUAUCAGCACCAAGCGAACGUGGCCCUGGACUUUGACUUUGCGGCUCUAUCGCUGGAAGACCAGAAAUCCCUUCUCCGCGACGAGGUCGAGCUCUACUGGGAUGACUACGAUUUCGAAUUCGAGCGACUUCCCAGCAAAACUCAUUGGCUGAGGAGGGAGAAGGCUGGCAAGAAUAAGGCUAGCAAGAACAAGGCGGCGCGCGCGUAUGACUGGGAUGCUCAACAUGUACAAUCCCCGACGUCCGAGCCGCCGACGAGUUCGGUGCAGCACGGUGGACUCCUCGCAGAGCCGCCUAUUGCUUAUGAUCAUCAACUAAGCUCGCUCCCAAACGAUAUUUUCUCAGGAAAGGCAACACUCGAGUAA